UGAAAUUCUGAAUGAAGGGAAGAAAAUAAGAAAGCCAGCCACUAAGAAAUGAAGAAUCUCUCUCCUUCGUUAUAAGCUUUACGAAUAACCUCGAUUUCAAUCUCUCUUCUUUUGAUAUAUCUCCGGCAAUAAAACUCCACCGUUUCAUUCCAUCCUAGAGAGCGGAGCUCCCUUCGUUUGUUGGGUUUGGCUCAGAUCGACUCCCGGCUUUUCGUUUGGAAUUACGGGUCGAUUAGAGGCUUGUUGACUGAACCGGUUUCCGAAUUGGGUUUUUGUUUUGUAUUGUUUAUUUUUAAAAAAAUCCAAAGUCCUCAUCUUUUGCUUUGGUAUUGUUAAUUAUGUAGCAAAAGAAGGUUUCUCUUUUGAGGACGUCGGCCAUUCAUAUCAACCCAAGCAGGUAUUCAAUAUAAUGGUAGGAUUUAAGAACAGUUACAUGGUUAUGGAAGUACUGUUGGAUCCAAAUAAAGAAAUUUCAGGGGAUGAUCCCAUUGUAGUUACCCAAUUUAACAUCUCAAAAGCAAUCAAGGAUGGCAUUCUUGUCAACUUCGGUGAAUGUGGUCUAGCUUCUUCGCUCGGAUCUUUCCAAGUUAAAUAUGUCAAUCCGAUUACAAAGCUGUGUGUUAUGAGAGCUUCAAGAGAUGAAUACCAAAAAAUUUGGUCUUCAAUAAGCAUGGUUAGGAGUAUUGGGAAUUGUCCUGUGCUAUUUAAUUUGUUGGAUCUUAGUGGUAGUAUAAAGGCAUGUAAAACUGCUACCUUGAAGUGCGAUGAGUUAAAAUUCGAGCAAUACAAGCUUAUGGUUGGAGCAUGCCUCUCGGCUGAUGUUACCCAGCACAUGCAGAACUGUCUUGAGAAGAUUAGAAUUUUAGAACACUAGAAGUGAUCCACAGGUAGUAGCUGAUUGCCCUGGGAUGCUAGUAUGCUACUAUGCACUUAUGAACUGAGAUAAAAUUGUUCAAAUUUUGGAUAGGCAAAUUAGGCAUUCAUUUUUCACAAUAUUUGGAGUAUCAUCUUACCUAGGGUUGUAACUGAAUUGAGCCUAAGUUGUAAAAAGCUCGACCUUGAGCUCAAUUGACUUUUACCUUUAAAGCUCAGGCUUGAUUAAGCUUUUAUUAAGUAAA